AGCGCGGAGCGCGGCGGUAGGCGCGACGCGGCCACCACGCAUCGCCGAAGCCCUGGAGAGCCCAGUCCCUGCUUUCCGGGCCGGGGGGCGCCCCUCCGUGCGUCCUAAAGCGGCUCCGGCUGCCAGGGGUGAGUCUACAUCCCGCGGGGACGGUCGCGCUCCUUCCGCCCCGCGCACCACCCAAGAGCUCCGAGCCCGCUGGGGCUGCCGGAAGUCGGGUGAGAGUCUCGGCCCCAGGCCACAGGGUGCGGACGCCUUUGGCCAAGGAGGACACGGAGACUGUGGCGGAGGAGGAGGAGAGUGACUUGUCCAAGGUUACCGAGCCGGGGUGCUCGCUGACCCCCUCCCCCCGGAGGCAUUGCUCCGAGGAGGCUGACAGCCCCCGGAGAGGUGGACUGACUCACAGAGGCAGGCUCAGCCUCUACAAGCGCCCAGGCUCAAAUGCUGUGCCCAGCAAUGCGCUGCCACAGACUGGCCCUGGGCCUAGGAUUCUGCCUGCUGUCAGGCACUGCCCUUUGCUUGCUGUGGAAGUAUUUUGAGAACUGGCUGCUGAUCUCCUAUGUCCCCUAUUACCUCCCUUGCCCAGAGAUCUUCAACAUGGAGCUGCGGUACAAGGGGGAGAAGCCAUUCCAGCCCGUGACACAGUCACUGUACCCGCAGCCCAAGCUUCUGGAGCAAAGGCCUACCGAGCUGCUGACCCUCACACCCUGGUUGGCGCCCAUUGUCUCGGAGGGAACCUUCAGCCCUGAGCUUCUGCAGCGCAUCUACGAGCCGCUGAACCUGACCAUUGGGCUCACGGUGUUUGCCGUCGGCAAGUACACCCGCUUCGUGGAGCACUUCCUGGAGUCGGCCGAGCGCUUCUUCAUGCGGGGCCACCGCGUGCACUACUACGUCUUCACCAACGAGCCCGCAGCCAUCCCUCGGGUCCCACUGGGCCCCGGCCGCCGCCUCAGCGUCCUCCUCAUCCAGAGACACUCCCGCUGGGAGGAGAUCUCCACGCGCCGGAUGGAGACCAUCAGCCGGCACAUCGCUGAGAGGGCGCACCGGGAGGUGGACUACAUUUUCUGCCUCGACGUGGACAUGGUGUUCCGGAACCCAUGGGGCCCUGAGACCCUGGGGGACCUGGUGGCUGCCAUUCACCCGGGCUACUAUGCUGUGCCCCGCCAGCAGUUUCCCUACGAGCGCAGGCACACUUCCACCGCCUUUGUGGCAGAUGACGAGGGGGACUUUUAUUAUGGUGGGGCGGUCUUUGGGGGGCGGGUGGCCAAGGUGUACGAGUUUACCAGAGGCUGCCACAUGGCCAUCCUGGCCGACAAGGCCAACGGCAUCAUGGCUGCCUGGCAGGAGGAGAGCCACCUGAACCGUCGCUUCAUCUCCUACAAGCCCUCCAAGGUGCUGUCCCCGGAGUAUCUGUGGGAUGACAGGAAGCCCCAGCCCCCCAGCCUGAAGCUGAUCCGCUUUUCUACUCUGGACAAGGACACCAGCUGGCUGAGGAGCUGAUGGCGGAGCCAGGGCUGCGGAGGAUCGGGACCCCGAGCCCUGCAGCCGGCUCACCCCUGUGGAGCACCCCGCUUGCCCCUGUGGAGCACCCUGUAUCAGUGCCCCCCCUUCUCAGGCCUCAGGUGAGACCCACCUGGUCCUGCCUACCUCAGUCUACUAGCAGAACUCACCUGGAAAAUGGAUGUGGAAGGGCCUUUGUAAACUGUAAAGGGCUGCGUAGACAGGAGCAGAACACAAAGAUCGCAGCGCAGUGUGGCCCAAGAACAGUCGGACGGGAAGUGGUGAAGAAGACAGGGCCACAGGCCUUACCCAGCAGACGUGCCUUGGGGGCAGGCUCUGGUGUCCGCCCGCUCAGUGCCUGAGGCCCCACCUCUGCCCCCUUCUGUUGCCUAUUUGCCCUUAAAGUUGCACUCCUAUGAGCCUGGUGGGACAGGCACCCAGACCCCUCCUCUGGGGCUGCAGGGGCCCCCGGGUGCUGGGACGUCCCGCAGCCCACAGAGCCAACCCCUCGCUCGGCCCUGGAAUGAGCCUUUGCAGCAGAACAGACCUGGCCCGCUCACGUGCCGAGUCUAGCCCGCGCCCUGGGGCAGACCACACUCCCUGGCACCAGCCACCGCCCCCUUUGUAAGAGGGUUUGGGCAGUUUUUUAAUAAAGGUGGCAUGCGCCAAGCCCUCACCAGGGUGUUUUCACCUCCA